AUGACCCAAGAAAAAGCUGUUCAAGCUCCCAAAAAGGUCGAUACGACUCUUCCGGAAGAGGAUAAUGAAACUGUGGACAUCUUGGAUACUUUUAAAGAGUUUAUCUCACUAAUUGAGAAAUCUGCAGAAGACUUCGACGCUCGUUACAUCCUAAAGGUGUUUCGUGAGCUAACCACAGUUAGAAAAGAAAUCAGUUCGGAUACUCUUGUGUCAUUGAUUGAAUAUGUAUAUCCAGAAACGGGUAAUUCAAAGACAUCCUCGACCAAGGGCUAUCUAUUUCAGACAUUGUCUGUAGAUCCAUCUUCUGAGAUGGAUACUAGGGAUGAUGUUGAAGGUAAUGGGGAGAAGGUCGAAUCCAAGAGAUCCGAUCCGAUUGCUGAAGUGGAUAUCUUCAUACAUUUAUUGGUUCAAAUAUAUCUUCAUGAUCAGAAACAAUACAAGAAGUUGCAUGCUUUCAACAUGCGUUGUAUCGAUGCAUUGAAAUCGUAUGACAGAAGAACGAUGGAUUAUAUUCAAGCUAAAGUGUGGUACUAUAUCUUUAGAUCAUGCGAAUUAGUUAGAGAUUUGAUUCCUAUUAGAGCCGAAUUGAUGAGAGCUCUAAGAACAGCCACUCUAAGGCAUGACACAGAGACCAGAGCGUCAACUAUCUCGUUACUUCUCAGAGAUUACUUGUUGACUAAUGAUAUCAAUCAGGCUUAUAAUUUGGUUGAAAAGACUGAAUUUCCUCAGGAUGCAUCCAACUCUGUUGUUGCUAGAUAUUACUUUUACUUGGCUCGGAUUCAAGCUAUUCAGUUGGAUUAUUCCUCUGCCAACGAAUGUGUCAUUGCCGCUAUCAGAAAAUGUCCUCAGACUAAAUCUGCACUUGGCUUCUUACAGACUGUGACAAAAUUACACAUAUUGAUUCAGUUACUGACGGGAGAAGUUCCGGACUUGACCACUUUUAGAGAUCCACAUCUGGAAUCCUCACUAACUCCUUAUUUGGCUGUGACUCGUGCCGUUAGAUUGGGUGAUCUUAAGAUUUUCAAUGCAGCUCUGGAAAAAUAUGGGGGUCAUUUGAAAAGGGAUGAAAAUUACAAUUUGGUGUUGAGAUUGAGACAGAACGUGAUCAAAACAGGAAUAAGAAUAAUAUCUCUCGCCUACAAGAGAAUUUCUUUGAAAGACAUCUGUAUCAAGUUGCAUCUUGACAGUGAGAUAAGUUCUGAGUAUAUUGUCGCCAAAGCCAUCAAGGAUGGUGUUAUUGAUGCCUCGAUCAACCAUAAGGCUGGCUAUAUGCAAUCUAAGGAAUUGUUGGAUGUAUACUCUACCAGAGCUCCUCAAUCGGAGUUUGAUAGAAGAAUUAAGUUUUGCAUGUCUCUGCACGACGAUAGUGUCAAGGCCAUGAGGUAUCCAAUGAAUAUGAAUAGGGUUGAGGACAAAGUUGAUCCCGAGGCCCGCGAGAGAGAACAGGAAUUGAUACAGUAUUUACAAGAUGCAGAUGGGUUUUGA